UAGAGUGAAUUUGCCAGAGAUUUCUUCCAGUUUUGAGGCUGGAAAUCUCCCUYUAGGACCCAGUAAUGGAUUGGUCAUUACAACAUUUAUAAUAAUUCUUCUCUUUUAACUUCUUAUGGCUAGUUCCCAGUAUGUAAAAACGACAGAAAAGUGUUAUUUUUUUGUUGUUUUGYUGUGGUCAUGCUUGGCUGUUUUGUCGGACAAAUCCUCACGUUGCUCCAGCACCGCCAAAAACUCCUCAAUAUCUCGGACUUACUUUGAAUACAAAUCUUCAGUAGUUGAAAAUGAAUUCAUAGUGGUCUUUAAUGGYUAUUACCCCAGUAGCACUAGAGAAAAGUAUGUAGAAGCAGCAUUAUUAUCGUCAGGAAUCCUGUCAUGGAAUAUCAUACCACGUCACAAUCCAGCCAGCAAUUACCCUAGUGAUUUCUCUCUUGUCUUGCUAAAAGGUGACACUGGUCGUAGUAUUAAAGCACUGAGUAACCAUCCAAUGAUUAAAAGAGUAACAAAACAGAAAAAAGUACAACGAUUUCUACAUAGCAUAAAAGAGCCCAUAGAACAAAGAAAUGAGAGUUCAAAACAAGUUGAAUGUGUAGAUGGCGAAGAAGGAUGUUGGAAAUCAAGCUGGAUGGCAAGGAGAACAACAAGAUCAAGUUUAGCAGUUGGUCAAGGACUUUGGCAAACACAACAUCGGCAUAAUCCUGAAGGCAGACGUCUUCUAAGAUCUUUACCAAAACAGGUCUCACUGGUUCUUCAAGCUGAUGUUCUCUGGGGAAAGGGUUUCACUGGGAGUGAUAUUAGAGUAGCUAUAUUUGACACUGGUUUGCCCAAGAACCACCCUCACUUUAAGAAAGUCAAGGACAGGACAAAUUGGACAGAAGAGAAAACUCUUGAGGAUGGUCUUGGUCAUGGUACAUUUGUGGCAGGUGUAAUAGCAAGUUCAAAGGAGUGUCUUGGSUUUGCUCCUGAUGCAGAAUUACAUGUAUUUAGGGUUUUUACAAAUAACCAGGUGUCCUAUACAUCAUGGUUCUUAGAUGCYUUCAACUAUGCUAUCCUAAAGAAACUCAAUGUUCUUAAUUUGAGUAUCGGUGGACCAGAUUUCAUGGAUCAACCAUUUGUGGACAAGGUUUGGGAGCUUACAGCUAAUGGUGUUGUCAUGGUAUCAGCUAUCGGCAAUGAUGGUCCAUUGUAUGGUACUCUGAAUAACCCAGCUGAUCAAAUGGAUGUGAUUGGAGUUGGAGGAAUMACCUUUGAAGACCAUAUCGCUAGAUUCUCCUCCAGAGGAAUGACAACUUGGGAAUUGCCUGGUGGCUAUGGGCGUGUYAAACCUGAUAUUGUAACAUAUGGGUCUGGUGUUAGAGGCUCAAGUUUAAAGGGAGGAUGUCGUUCACUGUCUGGUACCAGUGUAGCUUCACCUGUUGUAGCUGGUGCCGUAAGUUUGUUGCUGAGUUCUGUAAAACAUCGUGRCAGUGCAAUUAAUCCUGCAAGCGUCAAGCAAGCUUUAAUGGCUUCUGCUCGUAGACUUCCUGGAUUCAAUAUCUUUGAGCAAGGACAUGGCAAAUUAGAUCUUAUCAAAGCAUAUCAGAUUCUUAACAGCUACAAACCRCAAGCAAGCCUAAGCCCGUCAUAUAUUGACCUAACAGAGUGUCCUUACAUGUGGCCAUAUUGUACACAACCGCUAUACUAUGGAGGAAUGCCUAAUAUAGUAAAUGUUGCGUUCACGUACUCCCCUGUGUUAUGGCCAUGGUCUGGGUUUCUAGCAGUAUCAAUCACGGCAGCUGCYAAUGCUGCAUCAUGGGAAGGCAUAGCACAAGGACACAUCAGUGUCACMGUCAUCUCACCACCACAGGAAUCAGAAAUUGAUCCAAGAACAUCUACCAUUAAACUACCUGUACGAGUCAAAGUCAUCCCUACACCACCCCGCAGUAAACGUAUCUUAUGGGAUCAGUACCAUAACCUCCGCUAUCCAUCGGGUUACUUYCCAAGAGAUAAUCUUAAGAUGAGAAAUGACCCUCUGGACUGGAAUGCCGAUCACAUUCAUACUAAUUUUCGUGACCUGUACAUGCACCUAAGGGACUCUGGGUACUAUGUAGAGGUUCUGGGCUCACCAUUUACGUGUUUUGAUGCUAAGCAAUAUGGAACAUUGUUACUAGUAGACAGUGAAGAAGAGUACUUUCCUGACGAGAUCACUAAACUUAACCGUGACAUCAAAGAAAAGGGCCUCUCAGUCAUAGUCAUUGCUGAUUGGUACAAUGUUCCUGUCAUGCGUAAGAUUAARUUUUAYGAUGAGAACACACGCCAGUGGUGGAUGCCUGAUACUGGAGGGGCUAACAUCCCUGCACUUAAUGACUUGAUGKCACCAUGGGGYAUGGCGUUUAGUGAUCAAGUGUAUGAAGGAGAUUUUAGUAUUGGUGAUCAUAAAGUCCACUACUCGUCAGGAACAAGCAUWGCUACUUUUCCUAAAGAUGGGAUAAUUAUCAGUAAAAGCCUUAACGACCAAGGWCAUGAAGUGAUCAAUGGUGAAACUAAAGCUAAAGAUGGUGUCCCUGUAUUGGGUCUUUAUGACCCUAAUARYGAACACCAUGGCAGGAUAGUGCUGUAUGGGGAUUCUAAUUGUAUUGAUAAUGCACACAUGGAGAAAGAUUGUUUUUGGUUACUGGACUCUCUUGUUGACUUUACUGCAAAUGGUAAAGUGGCAUCCGUGUUGGCUGAAUCAAAAGGGAAGUUACCUCAGACAUCAGUAGCUCGACCAGAAAGAAUGGAAGGAAAUCACCUCCACAAGUAUUCCAAAGUAUUAGAUGCAAGCCAACUAGGAGCAUCACAGCCACGCCCUUUACCUGCCUGCCCCCAUCUAGUGUGGGCCACGCCCCAUCCUGUCAAUCAAACGUUACCAAGCAGCUUACACAAGACCCACAAAUUGYUAUCCAUCAACCUCGACUCGGUUCCUGUAGUUGUACCUCGUCAAACCUUCAACAGGAUCGAUGUAUAUCCAGGGAGUUCAGAUGAAGAAUCUGAUCCAGGGACACAUUUCAGUAUCAUCUACACGCUCCCAUUCUAUUUGGCCCUUUUAUCAGCUCUUGUGCUCGUGUACUGUGCUCUUUUAACMUGUCGCAUACGAAGCAAACCAAAGACCAGGAAAAGCAGCMAUCGUUCAAAGUCACCAAAGACGCCAACUACACGUACCAAAUUCCCAUUCGUGUAGGRAACCAUUGACAACGUGGUCCUAGUCAUCUCUGUCCCUUAAAAAUAUGGCUGUCAAAAGUGAAGAAUCUGGAUGUCCCAAAAAGGGCCUGUGCUGAACAUAGCAAUAGUGGCCCUUCAACUCCCAAAUAGCAAAACGCACCUUGUGUAUGCUGUCCGGGGUUUUAAUGUCCCCAUGGGUACUAUUUCAAAUGAGGCAACUGUGUAUCUAAGAGGUAAUGGUCGUCUAAAUGAUUAGUGAGGGGGCCAGAUCUGAUAAGCUCUCUGAACAGUGCGACUCGACUUGUUCGAUAAUUAGGUCCAUUUUUUGCGGCCCUACACUCGGUGUGCAACCAAGAAUCGUCACUGUUGUUGGAUAAGUAAACGAGAAAUUUAUGAGGAAGGCUUCGUAAUUUCCAUCCAGUGUGAUGGCGGUUACGUAAGAGUGUCGAUCAUAAUAUUUAGUAGGUGCAAUCUGCAUCUCUGAGAACUUUCUGUCAUCAUUCAAAUCAACUGGGAAUAAUUUGUUUUUCAGAUUCAGUUGUUCACUUUUGUGGUGCGAAUACACUAGGGUCAGGAAAAUAGUAUCCUGAACAGGCAAUGUUUUKCUUAUUCCYUCUCUGGGUUCCUGGUGGAAAUCAUGGAACUAUUGAAUGAAUAUUUUAUACGUGUCAGAGGAAUUUUUAAAGGGGUAUGGUGUGGGUUGUGGCUUAUUCGUUGUUUCUAAUUCAUGGACGAGAGUGUAUAUCGGUAGAUGCUUAUUAGGGAGGCAAGUUUGAUCAUAGCUACUGAGCAGGGAGGGGAGAGGAGUUUGGUCGUAGCUACUGAGAAGGGAGGGGUCAGGACUUUGGUCAUAGCUGAAGGGAAGAAAGAGGAAACUACUGGUAGUUACUUUAUGAAGGGGAGAGAAGUGUAUGUGCUGGAAAAAGAUAAUUUGAAUAGGAAUUUUCAACAAUGAAUCCUACUGGCAUAUUCCUCUAAACCGUCGAAUGACUUUCAUCGACUGUAAAUAUACACAUYAACUUUUUGUAAAUUAUUACUGACAAAGGAUGUCAAACGUCUUUAUAUUAUAUUAUAUGUUAGAUAUUUAUAAACAAAAUAAUAAAAAUAAGAUUUAUCGAGCUUUAUCUAGGCUUUCGUGCUAUUUAUGCUAGCGAUCAAAUCUUGGAAAAUUGCUUUUCUGAAGAACUGAUUGCCUGAAGGCGACACUGAACACAUGGAAAUGAUUGAAAGUUCAAUUAUUUCUUCAAUGUAUUUUCCGGAAAUUUCUUUAAAAUGUUUUGUAAAUCAGUUUGUUUAUGAAUUAUUUUUUGUUUAAACUUCUGUUGUGAUCAUUGUGUAACCACAGUAACCUAUCCUUUUCUGUAAUAUUUARAAUGACACAGGCCGGAUACCA